AUGGCUUUCUGUGCCUCUGCACGCUCCGCCUCUCUGCUGAGGAGCGCGCCUCAUCCCUGCCGGAACCUGACGCGUCGUCCAGUCCUCACUCAGUAUGGGCCAGCGUUCCAAUCGGCCCAUCCCAGGUUCCUUCAAUCAACCUCUUCCGAGUCGUCGAGGAAGACUCAUCGGUUCAUACCCCUUCAGCUGUUGGCUCUCGGCGCCAUUCCCCUCUUGGCCGGAUAUCUGCUCGGACGAUCCGGUGCACCUGGCUUAGACCCGGCUUCUCAAGGCAAGCUCUCUCAGGUAGACUUUGCAGACCGGAAGCACAUGCUGCUUGCGGCUAAAGAAAUCUCGAGUGCCCUGGGCGACGACGCGCUCAGCUUCGACGAGGACGAGAUCGAGCUGCACGGCCACUCGGACUGGUCAACGUCCAACUCGAGCGGUCGACCCGUGGCCAUUGUCUAUCCCAGGACGACGGAGGAGGUCUCUCAGAUAGCCAGGAUUUGCAACAAGCACAACGUGCCGAUGGUCCCGUUCGGUGCCGGAUCUUCGGUCGAGGGGAGCUUCUCAUCGCCCUACAGCGGGAUUUGCAUCGACUUUGUGCACAUGGACAAGAUCAUCGCGUUCCACCCCGAUGAUAUGGACGUCGUCGUCCAGCCCGGCGUGAACUGGGUGACGCUCAACAAGACCAUCCAGGACGCGGGCCUCUUCCUCCCGCUGGACCCCUCGCCGACGGCCAUGGUCGGCGGCAUGGUCUCGACCAACUGCAGUGGCACCAACGCCUUCCGCUACGGCACCAUGAAGGACUGGGUCGUCAACCUCACCGUCGUGCUCGCCGACGGCCGCGUCGUCAAGACGAGGCGCCGCCCGCGCAAGAGCUCGGCCGGCUACAACCUCACCUCGCUCUUCGUCGGCGCCGAGGGCACCCUGGGCCUGGUCACCGAGGUGACGCUGAAGCUGGCCGUCGUGCCGCAGGACACGGGCGUCGCCGUCGUGUCGUUCCCGACCAUCGACGAGGCGGCGAGGGCGGCGACGGGGCUGAUCCGCUCGGGCAUCCAGCUGGGCGCGCUCGAGUUCAUGGACGAGGUGCAGAUGCAGGUCAUCAACCGCCACGGCAGUGCGGCCGUCAGGAAGACGGCGUGGGAUGAGAAGCCGACCCUUUUCCUGAAGUUCUCGGGCACAACCGAUGGGAUCAAGGGGGAUAUCUCUCGCGUCAAGGACAUCGUGCAGCCGUUCAACCCGCGCAACAUCUUCUUCGCCAAAGACAAGCAGGAGGAGGCCGACCUCUGGGCCGCGAGAAAGGAGGCCUUGUGGACAAUGACCUCCAUCAAACCCGAGGGAUACUCGCUGUGGUCCACCGACGUGGCGGUGCCAAUCUCGAGACUGGCCGAGAUCAUCACCUUGUCAAAGGAGGACUCUGGGAAGCUGGGCCUGUUCGCGAGCGUCAUCGGCCACGUCGGCGACGGCAACUUCCACCAGGCCGUCAUGUACGACCCCAAAAACGAGGGACAGCGGGCCGCGGUCGCCAAGUGCGUCCACGACAUGAUGAGCCGGGCUCUGGAGAUGAAGGGGACGGUUUCGGGGGAACACGCAAUUGGCAUUGGAAAAAAGGACUGUCUCGUGGACGAACUCGGCGGUGAUGCGAUCGACUUGAUGAAGACGUUGAAACAGGCGGUAGAUCCCAAAUGGAUCAUGAACCCGGGCAAGGUCUUUGAUCUGCCGGCAGGUUCCAAAGCCGUCGCAGCCUCGUAG